AUGACGACUAAAGCUAGUGUUUGGAGAAGGCUAGUUACUUGCUUAUCCUCCCUUAAAUUCUACUUGAACGUCUUGUGCCUCGUUGUCACUGUUGUUGUUCUUCUCCAAAUCUCUUCAUUUCAAAUAACUCAACACUCCAUUUCACUCCCUCCUGCUCUACUGACAUACUGGAAACACCAACAACAACCUGAAUCAAUAUCUCACAGUGAAAAAGCUUACUUGGUGGAGAAGCUACGUGAAUCGGUGACAUAUCUUCCUCUCAAGGACUACCGUUUUUCAAAGAAACCACUCGAGGGUCAUACUUGGUUCAUGAGCUCUCUCUACGAUAACCAAACGAAAGGCGAGGCUCAGUAUCAAGAAUUUCCUUCAGAAUCUUCGAAAGGAAGGCUUUUGUGCUUGAAAGGGGUCGAUGAGCAUGAUGGGUCAUGGAACUACUACGCGCUCGCUUGGCCUGAAGCCCUUCCGGUCAAUGCAAUUCUCCAGGAGGGCUUGACGUUCGUGUCUUAUAAUCAAUACGACUACGGUAACUUGUGGCAUGGACUAACGGCAGUAGUCCCGUUUGUUUCUUGGAGCUUAAGAAACCAACGUGAAAAGCCUCAAAGAUGGGUUUUGUACCACUGGGGAGAACUAAGGUUCGGGAUGGGGCACUGGUUGAGCGAGAUCAUCACAGCGACUUACGGUCAAGAACCGGAAAUAUUACGGUUUGUAGAUGAGGACAAACCGGUUUGCUUUGAGAAGGCGGUUGUUAUGAGACACAAUGAAGGUGGAAUGUCAAGGGAGAGACGAAUGGAGGCUUUCCACCACGUUAGAUGCGAAGCGAGGAACUACUGUAACAUCAGCUCAUCGGAGACAUCAAAACCGGGAAUCGGUAUGACAUUGCUAUUGAGAACCGGAUCGAGAUCUUUCAGAAACGAGUCAACGGUGAUCGAUGUCUUCAAAAAAGAGUGUGGGAGAGUAGAUGGGUGUGAACUAAAUGUUUCGUAUUCGAAUAAUCUAACAUUUUGUGAGCAAGUGGAGCUGAUGAAGAAGACCGAUGUGUUAGUAUCACCACAUGGUGCACAGCUCACAAACUUGUUUCUAAUGGAUAUGAACAGUAGCGUGAUGGAGUUUUUCCCUAAAGGAUGGCUCAAGCUUGCAGGAGUUGGUCAGCUUGUGUUCCAGUGGGCAGCUAAUUGGUCAGGGAUGAGACAUGAAGGCUCUUGGCAUGACCCCGUUGGGGAAAUAUGUCAGUUUCCUGACACCGAUAGGCGAUGUAUGUCGGUCUAUAAGAACGCUGUGAUCGGAUACAAUGAGACCUAUUUUGGUGAGUGGGCGAGAAGCGUUUUGGGGAAGUUAAGCAUUAGAAAGAAGCAGGAGAUUCCGGAACAGAACCAAGGUUAUGAUUCGCUAGAUGUAUGUCCUUGA